GGCCCGGCAGCAGGCGGAGAGCGCCGGGAUGGCGGUGGGUAAGGACCUGCUGCAGCUGGACCUGUAUGGGCUGCUCGGGGUCGGCGAGAAGGCGUCGGAGAAGGAGGUGAAGAAGGCGUACCGGCAGAAGGCCCUGACGUGCCACCCCGAUAAGAACCCGGACAACCCCAGGGCAGCGGAAGUCUUCCACCAACUGUCUCAGGCCUUAGCGGUGCUCACAGAUGCAGCAGCGAGGGCGGCGUAUGACAAGGUGCGAAAAGCCAAGAAACAGGCUGCAGAGAGGACACAGGCACUUGAUGAGAAGAGAAAGAAAGUGAAGCUUGAUCUUGAAGCCAGAGAACGGGAAGCUCAGGCCUAUGAGACUGAAGAGGAGGAAAUCAGGACAACGAGAUCAUUAGAACAAGAAAUAAUCCGCCUGCGUGAAGAAGGCUCCCGGCAGCUCAGGGAGCAGCAGAGACUCAUUCAGGAGCAGAUCUGGCGUGAGAGAGAGCAGCACUUCCAAGGCAAGCAAGAAAGAAAAGAAGCUGAAGGGAAAAUAACCCCUAAACUCAAACUCAAAUGGAAAUGCAGGAAGGAAGAUGAGACGAGAGGGGGUUACUCAAAAGACGUUCUGCUCCAGAUCCUGCAAAAGUAUGGUGAUGUGCUCAACUUGGUGAUCUCCAGCAGGAAGACUGGGAGUGCAGUUGUGGAAUUUGCUACGGUUAAGGCUGCUGAGAUGGCUGUGAAGAAUGAAGUUGGCCUGAUAAAUAAUCCUCUCAAGCUUUCCUGGCUGGAGGGCCAGCCCCAGAACAGUCCCAGCACCAUCCCUGACAGCAGUGGUGACCCCACGACUUCCCAGGAAUCAGUGGUGUCCGAGCGGGACUACGAGAGCCUGGUGAUGAUGAGGAUGCGCCAAGCAGCAGAGAGGCAGCAGAUUAUUGAGCGGCUCAAGCGGGAAGAGGAGGAGGAGUCUCACACCUAACGUGAGAGAGGAUGGGUUCUCCCACCCCAUCAUUCUGCAUUUCCAAAGCUGCUGCUUAAUUUAAAGUCAAUAAACCUCCUUUUUUUAAA